AUGGGUCGAUCCAACAAGUUCCCGAUCCGCGAGACGAUCCCUGGUGGCGGACCUCUCCACACCCUCGACGUGUCAGGUGCCGCCCUCGUAGGCAGGGGGUUUCGACACAAGAGUUUGAUGUUGGCGGAGUCGACGAUCACUUGGCGGGUCGUCGUGUCGGCCUUGGCCUCAGUUGGGUUUCUCGUUCUGGCGUUCGAGGCUGCUCCCAUUAACAAUUCGACAAGGAGCGUGACAGAGAAGCUGCAGUCGUACUUGUCCGCGAUCCAGGGACGGAGGACGGUGAAGACAUUAUUGCGUUAA